CCCCGGCUUUCGGCCCUUGCCAGGGUAUAAAAGCUAGGGCUCUGCACUGAGGGGGCCAGCACGAGCCAGCCUACCCCACACGGCACUACAAGCUGUACACACAGAAUCUCCUGAUCCCUCACCAUGUCUCAGACCGCCAAGUCCGCCUCCAGUCAGGGCACUGAUGCUAAGGACAAGGGAGCCCCUGCCCCCGCUGCCACCAGCAAGGCCACCAAGACCGGAGACCCUGGCAUGGGAAACUUCAAAAUCAUGCUGUUCGACCAGGAGAACUUCCAGGGCAGAAUGAUGGAGAUCCAGAAUGAGUGCAUGAACGUGUGUGACCGCGGCAUGGAGAGAGUGCGCAGUAUCAUCGUUGAGUGCGGCCCCUUUGUUGCCUUUGAGCAGACUAACUUCCGUGGGGAGAUGUUCAUCCUGGAGAAGGGAGAGUACCCUCGCUGGGAUACCUGGAGCAACUCUUACCGUAGCGACUGCCUCAUGUCCCUCAGACCCAUCCGCAUGGACAGCAUGGAGCACAAGAUCUCUCUGUUUGAGCUCUCUGACUUCAAGGGCAAUAAGAUGGAGAUCCAGGAGGAUGACGUUCCCACCCUCUGGGCGCACGGCUUCACUGACAGGGUGGGCAGCGUGAGGGUGCCUGGCGGAGUGUGGGUGGGAUACCAGUACCCCGGAUACAGAGGCUACCAGUACCUGUUUGAGUGUGGUGACUACAGACACUACAACGAGUUCUGUGCCUUCCAGCCCCAGAUCCAGUCCAUGCGUCGCGUCAGGGACAUGCAGUUCCAUCAGCGUGGUUGCUUCAACCUCACUUCCGCCACCAAGUGAGUGAACUCUGGUGGACGGACGCUGUAACUGCAGCCAGCCCUCCCUCACUCAACCCGCUCAACAGGCUUUUUAUUUCUCCAACCCUAUCCCUCCUUUCCUUCCCUUCACCCACCCUCAUCCCUCCAUCCUAAAGGGAUAGAAUGACAGCAUCGUACCGACUGGAACAACCUAAAUGACUUUUUAUGAUGCCAAAUAAUAAACAUGUUUUGAAAAACUUGAA